AAAGAUGCGCUCUACCUCAGUGGAAGCAUCCCGAGCAGACAGAGCGAUAGAGUGCUAUUGUCGCCUACGCUUCAUAGGAUAUGUCGACAGGCCGUUAUUAGUUGUCCUUUGCAUAUGCAUUUUAUUUGUUUGCGAUUACAUUGUCGGGUUUAAAUUCUAACCCUUUAUUUUAGCAUGAGUCCACGAAAACGGUUAACCCGCUUUAAUAAUCUGUGUUCUGUAUAUUCCCUUCUGAGUCUGUAUUUGAUAGUCGUUAUCUGUUGUGUUGGGUCUGUUGUAUCUGGUCACGUAGCUGCUGCCGAGGAGCAGAGACAGAGCCCUCAGGAGAGCAGCCAUCGAAUAGAACACAUAGAGCGCUAUGAGAUUACCUAUCCACACUGGCUGCAGCCUGCAAGACACAGGCGGUCCAUCCAUGGAGAGAAGCAGCACCCCUCUGAGGCAGAGGUCCUUAUCACAGCUGAAGGAGAGGAGAUGACACUCCGUCUGCACAGGAAUGAUCAGUUAUUGGCCCCCGGAUAUCAGGAGAUAUGGUACAGUCCCAGCGGUUCCCGCCAGACCUCCUAUCCAUCCAGCACUGGCCACUGUUUCUACCAUGGUGAGGUCCGAGGUGUAGAGGGGUCCAGUGUAGCACUCAGCACCUGCUCAGGUCUCAGGGGACUGAUUACGGUGAACACCAGCGUCAGCUACCUGAUAGAACCCCUACCCGCCAUCACCAUGGAUACACAGCCUCCUCACGCUGUGUUCCGAGCCGAGAACCUCCAUCUGCCUAAUGGAACCUGUGGGCAUCGCCAUAGCAACCAGGGCCAGGCUGAGGGGCUGGAUGACCUCAUCCAGGGAAUGAUGACGACGCGGGGCGGAAGGGAGCGUAGAGACGUGGGCCAAAAUAUGAAGUAUGUAGAGCUGCUGCUGGUAGCUGACUAUGCUGAGUUUCAGAAACACGGCGGGGACUUAAAUAGGACGAAAACGAAACUGCUGGAGGCGGCUAACUACGUAGACAAGUACUACAAGUCUCUAAGUAUCCGUGUGGCAGUGAUCGGUCUGGAGGUGUGGUCUGAUCAAGACAGGAUCAGUGUGUCUGGUAACCCCUACAGUACCCUGGGAGCUUUCCUGGCCUGGAGACGCAAACAGCUACACACACUACCUAACGACAACGCUCAACUCAUCACGGGAGUGUCGUUUCAGGGCACCACCAUUGGGCUGGCCCCUCUCAGAGCCAUGUGCUCAGAGUACCAGUCAGGGGGAGUCAACUCAGACCACUCUGACAGUGCUGUGGGCGUGGCAGCGACCAUGGCUCACGAGAUGGGGCAUAACUUUGGCAUGAGCCACGACAGCCCUGGGUGCUGCCAGGCCAAGCCUGAUGAUGGAGGCUGCAUCAUGGCUGCUGCCACUGGCCACCCGUUUCCGCGUGUGUUUAACGGCUGUAACCAGCGGGAGCUGAGCAGGUACCUGAGCUCCGGAGGGGGGAAGUGUCUGUUCAACCUCCCCAACACCAGAGCCAUGUACGGGGGGCAGCGCUGUGGGAACGGGUACCUGGAGGAUGGAGAGGAGUGUGACUGUGGAGACGAGGAGGAGUGUUCCAGUCCCUGCUGUAAUGCCAACAACUGUACUCUGAAGGCUGGAGCAGAGUGUGCCCAUGGAGUCUGCUGCCACAACUGUAAGUUGAAAAGUCCAGGUGUGUUGUGUCGUACUCCAUCGGGGUCAUGUGACCUACCAGAGUACUGUGAUGGGAAGGCAGAGUCUUGUCCUGCUAACUUAUACCUGGUGGAUGGUACUUCCUGUGACGGGGGGCGGGCCUACUGCUACACUGGCAUGUGUCUCACCCUGGAGCAGCAGUGUCAAUCCCUCUGGGGACGGGAUGGCCGUCCUGCUCUAGACCUGUGCUUUAAGAAGGUGAACGAGGCAGGAGACUCCUUUGGGAACUGUGGCAAAGACCUGUUGGGGAAAUACAGAGGAUGCAGGGACAGGGAUGCCAGGUGUGGUAAGAUCCAGUGUGUGAGUUCAGCCACCAAGCCCCUGGAGACUAAUGCUGUUCCCAUCGACACCACAGUCCGGGUGGGAAGCAGGAAGGUCCUCUGUAGGGGGACACACGUUUACCGACCAGGCCAGGGGGACGAGGAACAGGGGGACACACUGGACCCAGGACUAGUCAUGACCGGGACCAAGUGUGGAGAGGACUCGAUCUGUUUCGGAGGAGAGUGCCGCAACGCGUCUUUCCUGAGAGCGGAUGAGUGCAAUGCCAAGUGCCACGGCCAUGGGCUGUGUAACAACAACCACCACUGCCACUGUGAUUCAGGCUGGGCCCCUCCCAUGUGUGACCAGGAGGGGACAGGUGGAAGUGUCGACAGUGGACCUGUCAUCAACCACAGCAGUCUACUUCCUGUCCUGUUGCUCCUCCCCCUGAUUCUCUUCGUCCUAUUGGCUACUGUGGGACUGUGGUGUUGCUACAGCCAUAAACUACAUAAAAACCUUCCUCUGAAGACCUCGGUCCCACCACCCAAGAUAAUUUGUCCAGACAGUUGUCCAGUCCCUGCUGAAGCGAAACAUCUACAAGCCAACAAUCUUGCCAACAGUCACCUUGUGAACAGUCUUGUCAACGGUCACCUUGACAACAGUCAUGCCAACGGCCAUGCCAACCCUACCUUCCUACUGAAGAGACAGGGCUCAGACAGACCGAGUCAGUCCAGUCCUCGCCCCAGCCCCUCCACCAGGACCAGGCACGCUAUCUUCCGUCCCACAGUGAAACCCCCUCCUAUACCUGCUUACGCAGCCCAGCAGAGACAGGCUGUAUCCCAGCCCCAGCCCCAGCCCCAGCCUCAACCCCAGCCCCAGCCCCAGCCCCAACCCUCUCUCCAGACCCUGCCAAAGCCCAAGCCUAAACCACCUCCCAUCCCCAGCUACCUAGCCCAGCAGAAAGGACCCCUCCCGCCCCUUCCUCCAGCCAUCCUGCCCCCCAGCCCCCAGUCCUCCCCCUCAACACCUCACAAACACAGACCUGACCCCCCCAACAGACCCCCGCCCCCCUGCCCGCUCUCCAAACCCAAAAUUCCAUCAGAAGUGUUAGAGAGAGGAAAGUCCAAUCUGCCGCCACCUGGUGGACAGAAAAAACCAAGCAGAUCCCAAAACAAGAUCUCAGGGAGGAGUUGAGGACCAACACCGGACCACUGAGCUCAGUGAGAUAACUGGACAUCUAACUGGACAUUUCUUCUCUCUCUGUGAGCUGCGUCUUUUUCCACGGUGUCCAAAGAGGAACAUCACCAUCAGCCUUUAUGAAGAAAAUGACACUGUGGGAAAGGAGACAGGAGGGCCACGGGUGGACACACAGGGAUUCACUCCAAAAUGGCACCCUAAAAGUAGUUCACUAUAUAGGGAAUAGGGUUCCAUUUCAGAUGUGUCCAGGGAUGCCAUCACUGUAGAAUGCUACUGUCUAGCCUGGUAGCCUCCUCUGUGGGCCCAUCGAAGUCAUUUUUAUUUCAUUCCAUCAACAAAGACAAAGGAGUUGCCUGAUUUAAGAAACAUCUCUGGCUACUAGGCUAGCUGCCAGUCUAUGUCAUGCCUUACCACUUGAAACCAGGCGUACUUGUAAUAUUUAAGACUGGACUUUAUCGACUGAUUUAGUUAUUGUGGAUGGUACCUUAUACCAUGGGUUCACAGUAUCAUGUGUUGAUAUGCUGUUUCAGGUCUAUUUAUUUGCAAAGCUUCAGAGCAAAGAGACUAGUGUUUAAAGUGGAUGUACUGUAUAUUGUUUCUACAAGAGCAUGAGUCUGGGCGGCAGGUACCUUAGUGGUUAAGAGCGUAGUGCCAGUAACCGAAAGGUCGCUGGUUCUAAUCCCAGAGCCGACUUGGAGAACAAU